UAUCACAUUUGUUUACUUUCCGUUAUCGUCAUUCUUCGGUAAACGCCAAACGGAUGGCAGAUCGGGUCUGGCAUUUUAAUAUUUUUCAAACAAUUCAAAUUUCAAAGUUUCAAACUGCGAUUAGUCAUUAGUGCAAUAGACGACUACGGUAGUCUUUCGGCUUCUUUCAGUAGUUUCGUAAAUUACAUAUUUACAUUUGAAUAAUUGUGUGUCGAGAUGGUGUACUUACACUUUCCGACGAAUCUGACAGAAGAAGAACUCAUGCUGCAAAACAAGUAUCAAAAAUUGAGAAAAAAGAAAAAAGCAUUGCAAGUGCAAAAAACACCUCGACCUGAACCUGAGCCUUCGCCUGUACUCAAUCCCAAAAGGCCCAAAGAAACAGCUCGUGACGCAAGAGAAAUAGCGAAAAAACUAUUGAAGUCUGGUGCUAUAGGACCGAUAAAAAAAGUACCCAAUCGUACAGAUCAGGAAUCAUUUAAGAGACCUUGUGGAAUGGAACGCAAACUGUUGAUUACUACUCAGGCUUUAAGUAGCUAUCAACCUUUUUCGGCAGCUUCGCCGGUCAUCAAAACAACUGAAGUCAUUCCCGAUAGCACUCCAAAAGCAACCCCGACUACUAAAUUCACUAAUUUGUAUAGUAGUUUUGUUUCUUCCACUUCUAAAACCACUCCACCAGCUCCAAGUUCACCAGAACCAGUUCCUGAACAACUUACUCGUAAGGACAUCACUAUAUUUGUUGGAGGAAGUAGUUCAAUGACUGAAGAAUUUUUAAGAUCUACAUUUAGUAAAUUUGGUACAAUAAUUAAUAUAUCAAUGGAAAUAGAAAAAAAUCGAGGGUUCAUCACGUUCAACUCCCCAGAUACUGCUGAUAAAGCAGUAGCUCAAAUGAACACCACCACAGUCUCUGGUAUUAAAUUAAAAGUUUCUAUUUCGCGAAAUCAACCUAUUGAAUUUGGCGAUAAAGGAAUUAAUUCGUGGAAUGCCAUUGCUACUAAUAAAUCACAAAAAGGAAAUCAACGAGAUGAUCGUUCACUGGUGACAUAUGAUGAUUUAUUUCAAUAAAUUGUUUUUAUUUAUUUUAAAUUUUUAUUAUAUAAUACAUUUUUUUUUAUCAUAGACUGAGUCUUAAAAAAAUAUGUUCAUGUAAUUUAUUGAUGUAAUUUUUAUAAACUAUUUUAUUAAAAAAAUAUUGCUGUUUAUUUAAUGAAUUCAUUAAAAUAUGUUGUAAACUUAAUGAUGACAUCAAAAAUUAAGUUUUGUAAUUGUAACUUUACUAUUGUAGUUACAAAAACACAUGGCUUAUAAUAAAUAAUAUUACUUUAAGAUUUCAGUUAUUGAUGUAGCAAUGGAGAUUUAUAAUCUAACCAUUAUCUGUAGAUAAUCAUACAAAUUAAAAAUGAUAAUGAUAGUUUUGCAUUUAUCUACUUAUAAAGACUUAAUGAAACAAUACCUUUCAUAAAUAAAAUAACAUCUAUGUCAGAAA